AUGAAGUUCCUCCCGGCGUGCGCUCGUAUUCUCCUCCUCAUAUGGCUAACGGGCACAGUAAUGUCGGUACAAUCGUGGCUUGGAUCGUCAGCUCAAGAAAGUACCGACUCGAUUGUGUGUCGAAUCACACUUUCCGCUACACUGCUUGCCCUUCCCACCAUCGGCAAGCCAGCUGUGUCUACGAAUACGGUCGCGUGUAUUCCUAUUGUUGACAACCGAGAAACCGCCGAUCUCUUUUCCAUAGAUCUUCCACUGCACUUCUGGGAACAACACGCGGUCGCUGCUGCCAACGGCACUUUGUUGGUAUCCAUCGAGGGUGCCUCGAUUACCCGGAAAGGCAUCGUGGCAACGGCCCAAGCUACCUUUCAGGUCUUGCCCGAGCUUCCCAAUAGUUCACGACACUUGUCGUUGGAUGAUGACCCCAACCAUUAUUGGACGACGGGAAUCAAAACUAUAGCUGUAGUUCGAAUAUCCACGCGCGAUGCCGAGCCCACCUACUCGACCGCUGAUAUGGAAUGGGGGAUCUUCGGGGAUGGUCUGGAGAACGAUGGGGUUACCAUGCCCACACAAUACAAUGCCUGUUCUUUUGGAAAACUCAGAUUCAUCCGGAGUGUUUACGGCGUUGUGGAUUUGAAACUUGACCGAACGCUUGGAAGCUUCGAGUCGGUGGACUCGAUUUUUCAGUCCGCGCAAAAGCAGCUCGUGGAAGAACACAAUUUGGACAGUAUCACAGACCUGGGAGACAAAAUUCUCUUUUGUCUCCCUCCCGGAACCGGAUCUUGGAUAGCUGUUGCCGGUGUUCGUCACUGGCGAGCCUUGUUCAACGAUCAAUGGUGCCUCAGCCUGAGCGCUCUCAUGCACGAGGUUGGGCACACUGUGGGGUUGAUGCAUUCCAACGAAGCUGGUCAAAUCUAUGGGGAUCAAACGGGGUACAUGGGAUUUGGACGAUUAGCCGUCAACACGCCCCGCCAAUGCUUCAACGGUCACAAGAACGACGUGCUAGGAUGGUACAAAGACCGAGUCGUAGCGGUGGAUCCGAAAGAGGAUGGAGGCGGGGCCAGAUUGUACAAAAUCGCCGCUUUUGUCGACUACGACAAGGCUGCAUCCAACGAGCCGGUGAUCCUAGAUGUUGGAGGACAAAUCUUUUUACAAUAUAACCGUGCCAAGGGUUUCAAUGUCGGUACCGAAGAGAAGGGAAACACCUUGACAAUCACCGAGUACGAUGGUACCGACAGUUCCACAAACCUAGGGGGCCUCAAGGUCGGUGAAGAAUUCGGCGAAUACAACUUUCAACACUCGGGGCAUGUGUUGAUGAUUCAGGUUUGCGAAACGAUAAUUGGAGACAGCAAUUCUCCCGAUGCUAUGAUUGUGAGUGUGGGCCUCGAUCAAUCUCUCUGCCGAAACGCUCAAAUGGCCUCGCCUCAGGCCGACAUACAAGGCAUGCCUUUUCCACUCACAGCUUCCCCCACAGUCUCGCCAACGGUGGCGACCAACUAUCCGACGAUGACUCCCACUCUUAGCCCUACCUCUCCACCCGUGUUGAAUCCUACCCGCCGCCCUACAACCAGUCCGACGCACUCAUCUAUGUUUACAGAAACCUCACAUUCGACCAACAGUCCAACUUUUCGACCAAGCGAGGAUACUGCUGAAGCCAUUCGCAGCAUUGAAGGUCUUCCCUUUACGAGAACACCAACAUUGGCGCCUUCUGCGCUACCUGUUGCAGCUCCCGGUCUUCCGUUCUCCGACGAUGAACAAGCAGAACCGAAUGAGGCGAUCACUGCACCACCCUCCCAGCGUCGUCCACUACGAAACUACGCGCCUCGCGUAGAGUCCUUUCCGAGUGCGGCGAUCACCCAGCCGCCCUCCCAGCGUCGUCCAUUGCGAAACUACGCACCUCGUGUAGAGUCCUUGCCUUUAAAAAAGGAAAAGACUACAGAGUCGCGCAUGCACGAUCGUUUGAGACUUUCUGACUAG